GUUCUAUAAGCUUAAUUAAUUACUUCAAUAAUUAAUUAAAUACUAAAAUGCGAUUGAAAUCGUUGAAGUAUUAAAAUAGAUUUUACUUUGAUAAAUUAAAUGCAUUUAAUUUGCUAAUAUCAAGCUAAACUUAUAAAUGGCACGUAAGUCAACGUUGCACAAGUAGAACGUUUUUCGUAGUGCACGAAGCAUCAGGGCAAAUUCACGACGUACAAGCUUCUCAGUGUGUUUUGCUUCUAGACAAGAUUUAUUAUUUUUUCUACAAAAUAUUCUGUGUUACAAGGAUCUUUAAUAUGUAAUCAGCAGUCAUACUCUAGUUUGCAAAAUAAGUCGAUUAGCAAGACAAUAAAUGGUAAAAAUGAAGGAGAAGAUCCAUGUGAAAGUGAAGAACAAUUCGCCGUCGAUAGAACGCGCUUUACGUCCAAUAUCGUACAUUUCGUGGCUCCUGGGUGUCGGUGUAGCACAUCCGCAAAAGUGUCCUAAAAUUAUAACGAUAAUCAUACGUUUAAUUCAUAUGGCUGUGUGUUCCUAUGUCGCGACAUGCCAAACAUUACGUUUUAUCAAAUAUUUUUACAAUAGUGACGUUGAUAAGAACUACAUAUUGACAUAUCGUUUUCAUUUAUUGUUAGAUUUUCUAAACAAGAUGAUGUGUUUCAUAUCAAUCUUGUAUCAUAUUUAUCACGGACUUAGUCAGUACAACAAGUGGGCGAAACUGAUGGAUAGAAUGAAAGAACUUGAUCAGAAGAUCAGAGAAGAAAUAUCCAUGCAUGACCAGUCCAUAAAAAUUGUUGAAACGCUAGCAGUUUUCAUAACGUUCACUUACUGUCCUUUGAUGCCGAUUAUUCAAGCUUUGUAUCAUUCCCAUAUCUUCUUAAAUCCAAUAGACGAAUUAGACCUAUUAAAAAUGAUGUUUAACUACAUAUUAGCGCAGUUGUUGAUCAACAGCUUCGCCUUCGACGUUGUCGUCUAUGUAUUAUAUUGCAGAUUUCAAACAGUAAAUAAAUUGAUUGUCCAGUUGGAUGAGUUAUCCGAUGUGCAAUGGAUUGCGUUCAAGAUUAGACGAGUCAGAGAAUUGUAUACCGAUAUUUGUGAUCUCGCCAGCAUGGUAAACGAUAUUCACGGUCUUCACCUCCUCUUCUGCGCCGGGAAUUGCUUCACCAUGGCCUUAACUUCACUAUUCUCUUUUUUUCAAGACGAAAACAUUUCCUCCCGAUUUUAUCUGAUAGAGCAUUUGUUAUGCAUUGUAUAUUCCAUGCAAUUCUAUCUGAUUUGUUGGAUUUGCACACUUGCGUGUGAAGAAUCCAAGAGGACCAAAAGAAACAUACACAAAAUUAUAUUGAAUUGCAAACCUGUGAAUCUUGAUACGCACGAGGCAAAUAAUCAAUCAAGUAUAAAAGUGCGAUCUUCAGUAGAGGAUAAGAUCGGCGAGCAAAAUUCUAAUUGUAGCAGCAGUCACUAUCCGUAUGUCGUGGAAAAUUUUUUGCGCAGAAAUCUGGACCAAGAGUGUGUCAUAAAGGAGAUCAAUGAUUUUUCGAUUCAACUGCAGCAGACUCGAGUAGCAUUUACGGCGUGCGAUUUCUUCGAAGUAAACAAUUCUUCGUACGGUUGGGUGAGUAUAUAAUUUAAUCACUUCUUUACAAUUUCUAUAGAUGAGAAAUUUCUUUCAAAUUGCAAUGUAAAUAAUACGAGUUAUCGGAACAAUUGAAUAAGGUAAACUUGUUUUUCAGUUUGUCGGGGUGAUCAUCACUAAUCUACUUAUCAUCCUACAAAUAUAUCCACCAAAAAGUUUUGAAAAAUAGUAUAAAUGUAUUUAAAGCGUUUGAAAAUGUGUUGAUAUUCAAUUAUCAUAUAGAUAGCAUUAUUGUAAACGCGAGGCGAUAUACGACGCGCAACUAAUUACGGCUGAAUUAUGUUCACGUUUAUGGCUCGUUCCCGAUACAUCAUAACUUACUGAUUUACAUUGAUUUAAUUAACAAGUAGAGCUUUACGAAAACAUCAAUCCGCGGAAAGUACUGAACUUACAGACUUACGCGUCUCGUGCUUUCAAACUUGUGGAUGUUACCUAGCCCUGUUGAUUAUUUCAAUCGCUAUCCAGAUGCAACAGAUGACAUCAUCACAGAAAUAAUUUCUAAUAUUAAGAGUAAAAAUACU